GGUUGACGUCAUCAGGGAGGUAGUUCCUGGUUGUUUUUUUCUUUAGCUUUCAGUCGAUCGUUCGCUUUUACUCCUGCAAACCGGUUGCCAUCUGGAGCGUGCUGCCCUUUGUUGGGAGGACAUUUCUCGUGCCAACGGUUUGCCCCAGAGAAGCCAGUGUUCUGUCUGUCAUCAGUUUCCGGCGUGUGUCUGCCUCUGGUAACACUGAACAGGAAGACAGGCGCACAGAGACGUCUGAGCAGAGAGAGGAAACUGCUGCGGCUUCUUCGUCGGCCUCAGAAUGACUGAGUUCUGGGUUUGCUUCAGCUGCUGCAUUGCAGAGCAGCCACAGCCUAAACGGCGACGACGGAUCGAUCGCUCCAUGAUCGGCGAGCCAACAAACUUUGUUCACACCACACACGUAGGCUCGGGGGACAUGGGCCUGGGAUUGUCAUCGGUGGACCUUGUCCAGGCCCAGAUGAAGUCUAAAGGCGGCUACGUGCACGGAGGAUCCGAAGGCUCUCAGUUGUAACAAGCCCUUCACAGCCCUUCACAGUCUUGUGGAAACUACUGUUGUUGAUAUAAGGAAGCAUUUUCAAAAAGCAGUUCUGUCUGUAAAGGACGCAGGACCAAAAGAUGAAACUACUGCUUUUCCAUAAUGUUGUAUAUAUUUUUAUUUUCCAUUCCUUUUUUUAAUGAAAGCACUGCUAUCCAUUUGCUGCCAUACUGUUGCACUGUAAAGAAUAACUGUUCAGAAUAGAUAAGAGGGUUUAGAAAGCUCAUAGUCUCAAUCAGACGUAUGCUUGUGUGUAUGCAUGAGGAAAAUAUUUUCAAAAAUAUUUGCUGUUGUAGCCCAUUUGGAUGCCUGUAUUUAUUAUCUGAUUUGUAAACGGACCUCACGGUGGCUGGGCCACGCUGGAGAUUUGGGACAUUCCGUUUCCUUCUUUGUUCUCAGAGGUUUAUCAAAGGACAGGUAGAGGUAGCAAGGCAAAAAGCUAUAUGUUCAUUGUUUUGUUCUGAGAAGUACUCCUGAUUCUCUGAGUUGCUUUCAGGGGUUAAGAUUGCUGUCUUGUAAUAAACUUGAAAUGAGUAGAGUACACUGGAUCAAACAUUGUACACUCACACUUGCUUAGGAAUUUCGCAUUGAUUUCAACUGUUUUUUUUAUACUCAUUUAGAUUGAACCAUAUAGAAUUUUAAUAAACGAUGAACUUCAUAUAAUCUGCCUUCUGAAGUCAUGUUCAUUAUUUGUUUAACUGGUUUCGUUUCGGAGCUUGAAGCUGCAAAUGCUUAGCUUAGUGAUUCUUAGAUUCAUAUUUUUCUAUGUAUUUUUUCUUUUCAAUGCUUAUGUAUCAACAGUAGACCAAGAAUUCAACUCAGAAGUGACCAAAUGCAAACACGGCUACAAAUGUGGGUCAGUUUGCUGCAGAUAUCAGUAUUCCCCAAACCUGUGAUUUACCCACUCCAUAUAUAUUUUUGUCUUUUUUUGUAUUUCUCUUGAUUAUAACAUAAUAAGUUAAUUCUGUCAUUAUCUUGUCCCUCCAGAGGUCCUAAUACUUUCUUGUUUCUUCAAUUCAAAUGCCAGAUCUCUUAAAAUCUGACACGUGCUACUAAAUGUCAUUCAAUCUAACGCGACCCGCCUUUGUAGCAGUGUUCGUGAUGAAGUUGCUUCAGUGUUAAAAAAUGUUUUCAUGUGAUGUUAACAAAUAUUUUGUCAAAAGCAUUUAAAAUUACACAAAGUUAUACCUCCUUUUUCAAGGAGGUGUAAUUUUCUUUAAAGGAUUCCUCUCUUAGGGGAAAGUAAAUAAGUGCAGCUAUUGCCUGAUUACGCUGGUUGCCAGUUCAUAUUUUUCCUUUUUAUUGAAUGGCUGGUACAUUUUGAUCCCUCAGUAUUUUCACCAUGUAGUCAACAUUUCAUAACCUGGCUUGAUUGAAAAUACCUCGAUAAUAUCUUUGCCAAUAGUGAUGGAGCAGAUGCAGGGUGAACAUUAAAUCAUGGCCCCCUCCUGCUGCUCAUCACUGCCUCCUGUCAUUCUUUAAUGAAAAGGUCAAAUGUGACGAGCAAACCAGCCGGCCUGGGUCUGUAGGUGUGAUUAUGUGUCCUCCAUGUCCAUCGUGUGAUCGACUAACAACUGAAUGUGGUUGUUUUUAUCAAUUCAAGCGAAAGUCUGUGUCAAUUGGUGUUCAAUGGGUGCUAUUGUCAAAAUGUUUAUGAUGAAAGAAUGAAAUAUUUGGUGUUGGUACCAGGCAGCACGAAUGACCUGAUAGAUAUAGUCACAUUUGUAAUAUCUUAUCAUUUUACAGCCUUACAAUGCUGGUGACCACUAUCCCAACAUAGAUUUAUUCAUGUGAUUUAUCAGGCUGGUAUUGUUCAAAGCUCAUCUGUUCCUCUUUAUAUGUUCAGUAGUAAUUCCUUUGUGAUAAGAGAUCCUCCUAUGUGUAGACUAGUUAGUGUUUCUCCAGCUCUCUGCUGAACGCUGUAGUGUGUGAACCAAGGUGUGACCGCAGACUGGGAUUGCUGUAUAUCAUGUGACCAGCAGGCUGUGCUAGCACAUUGGUUGAAUGUGACUUAAGAAAUGUUUCCUUUUGGAAUUCCUGUCAUGGGACUUCUUUUAUGAUGAAACUGUAAAUACUUAACAUGAAGGUAAUGGAUUCAUGGUUGGUUUGUUUUCAGGAUCAUUCGUAUCUAAGGUUCGUUUUCUGUACAACAUUACUGGGAAGGCAGAGAGUAGGAGCAAUGUUUUUUGUUUUCCUUCUCACUUUAAGGGAAGUUCAUCUGUCUUUUCUGCAUUUUUCAGAAUAAACAAUGAGAAAUAAAUGUUAAAUGUUCAAGUUUAAA